AUGAGUAGCACAGAGGAUCCAGAUGUAGUUUUGGUUCCAUCAAAACGCAAACCUUACACGAGGAAUAACUGGUUGCUCUAUCAGUUCACAGAAAAGUUUGUGGACGAUCUGCGACGGAAGCGCCCAAAAGAAAAGCAAGAUCGUAGCCUGCUCGUUCUGCCUCCGGGUAACAGUAGUAGUUGGGAGGUAAAAACGGGUGGUGACUACAGUCCUAUGAUGCCUUUAAGAGGCAUGGAGGCGCAGGCGAAGGACUCAGUGAGGAGGGUAUUUGGGCGAGCGCAGCACACCUCUUCUCGUCCUCUUCCAAACGACUCAGAUCUACAAGUUGGCCAGCUACAGGCAGAUAAAUGUGGGAACAAAUUCUACCUUGUUACCGACACCAGGAAGAUUUGUAUGAUACGGGUCACCUGGAGGUUUUAUCCACCCAACGCGGACGGGGUGCUGCUGGUGCUGGGAAUAAUGCAUUCCGAGGUUCCGGGAAUGGUCAGAGUCGCUUACCUGAUCGAGGAUCCCGAGCCGCUUCUUCGUCCCAAAGUUCGAUUUUCGGAGACAUGCAUCCCCGACGUGGAUGCGUUUGUAGCUCGCAUCUGGCAUCGCGAUCAGAGUGUGGUGGACCAUGCGCAGGCCAAGGACGGUGUGAGGAGGCUGUUUCAUGUUACCGUUAACCGAGACCUCCCGCCUCCAAGCGAUGCGGAUCUUCAAGUUGGAGAGCCACAGGAGGACAAAACUGGCAACAAGUUCUGCAAGGUUACGGACGUUCGGAACAUCGCGCCGGCGGUGACUUGGAGGUUCUAUCCGCCCAACGACGAGGACAUCCUGAUGGUGAUUGGAAUAGUGGAGGGCACCGUCAUUCGGGGAAGGCAAAUGAUGGCAUUUCUGGUUGAAGAUCCAGACCCGCUAAUUAAGUGGGCGGAUCCACCCGGUGUUGACAAAGGAAACACAUGCGUCCCUGAUGUGGACGAGUUUGCAGCUAAAAUUUGGCAUCGCGAUCUCAGUGACGAUUGCGAGUUUCACUAGAAGCAUGGGGUAAGCAUCUUAAUAAGGCA